ACUCCACAGAAGAAGAUGACAGAAAACUGUGAAAAACAGCAAUGGAAGCUACACGAAGAAGAGAUCUGGAAAAUGAAAUCUGUUUUCGGGAUACAAAGAUCAGCACAUCCUGAUCAGAGGUCUGCCAUAGGUUCCCCCGAGGAGAGGCACAUUUCCAGUGUACAAGGGGUCAAAAUGAGUCUCUCUGGGGAGAAAGAAUCGUUUGACGAGGAAGCCACUGCUUCUAGAAUGAGUCCCUCCGGGAGUGAGGGAGAAAUGUCCCUUAAAAGGAGUUUUCCUACAGAACAGGACACUGACAGGGAACUUAAGAGGAUCAAGACAGACAGACCAGUCUCGCCUGCACCUAGUGGUGUCUCCAUGAAGAGUGACCAGUCAAUGGGACUUCCUAUUCUCUUUAGGAAAGCAGAACUUUCCACUGAGCAAAGGAUCAAGACAGACAGACCAGUCUCACCUGCACCAAGCUGUGUCUCCAUGAAGAGUGACCUGUCGAUGGGACUUCCUAUUUUCUUCAGUGAUGGAGAAGUAUCCGCUGGGAAAAGCAGUAUCUCUGAGGAGAAUGACCAGUCAAUGGAUCACCAACCCAGAGUCCCUACUGAUGACAAAGUGUACAACACUGUUUCCACUAAGACAGAAAUCCAGGAGAAAAUGAAAUCCUACUUGAGGAAUAGGACAUAUUCUUUAUUUGAAGGCAUUGAGGAUCAAGCUAAAAAAACACCUCUUAACAACAUCUACACAGAUCUCUACAUCACACAAGGUGGAAGUGGAGAGGUUAAUUAUGAACAUGAGGUAAGACAGAUUGAGACAGCAUGCAGGUUUACAGUACAACACGAGACAUCAAUCCAACUCAAUGACAUCUUCAAACCCUUACCUGGACAAGACAAGCCUAUCAGAACAGUGCUGACAAGGGGAGUUGCUGGCAUUGGAAAAACAGUGUCUGUGCUGAAGUUCAUGUUGGACUGGGCUGAAGAAAAAGCAAAUCAAGACAUCCAGAUCAUCUUUCCACUUCCUUUUCGGGAUCUGAACUUGAUGAGAGAUAAAAAUCUAAGUCUGAUAGAACUACUUCAUCACUCCUUUAUAGAAACAAAAGUAUCAGAAAUCUCAGAAAACAAAAAUAUUGUGUUUGUUUUUGAUGGUCUGGAUGAAUGUCGCCUUCCUCUAGACUUCCAGAAUAAUAAGAUCUGCUGUGAUGUCACAGAGUCAACUUCAGUGGAUGUUCUUCUGACAAACCUCAUCAAAGGGAAUCUGCUUCCCUCUGCUCACAUUUGGAUAACAUCCCGACCUGCAGCAGCCAAUCAGAUCCCUCCUGAGUGUGUUGACCAGGUGACAGAGGUACGAGGAUUCAAUGACCCACAGAAGGAGGAGUACUUCAGGAAGAGAAUUGGUGAGGAGGACCUGGCCAGCAGAAUCAUCUCACACAUAAAGACAUCAAGGAGCCUCCACAUCAUGUGCCACAUUCCAGUGUUCUGUUGGAUUUCAGCCACUGUCCUAGAGAGACUAUUGGUUGAAGCAGAGAGUCGAGAGAUCCCCAAGAAUCUAACUCAAAUGUACGCUCACCUCAUGAUCUUCCUGUCAAAACUGAGGACUCAGAAAUAUCCUGUAGAGCAUGCCAACGAUUCUCACUGGGAUAAAGAGAUGAUUCACGCACUGGGAAAACUGGCUUUUCAACAGCUAGAAAAAGGCCAUCUGAUAUUCUAUGAGGAAGACCUGAGAGAGUGUGGCAUUGACAUCAAGGAUGCGUCUGUGUACUCUGGAGUGUGCACUCAGAUCUUCAGAGAAGAGUCUGGCCUUAACCAGAUGAAGGUGUACUGCUUUGUACAUCUGAGUAUCCAGGAGUUUCUGGCUGCACUAUAUGUGUUCCUCAUGUUCACUAACAACAACAACAAUCUGAUGGCUCAAGAGAAAUGCCUCCGCAACAAAAACAGUCUAUAUGAAGAUGCAGUGGACAAGGCCUUGCAGUUUGAAAAUGGCCAUCUGGACCUUUUCCUCCGCUUCCUUCUUGGCCUUUCACUGCAGUCCAAUCAGCAUCUCCUACAAGGCCUACUGACACCAACAGGAAACAGCUCACAGAACAACAAGGAAACAGUCAAGUACAUCAAGGAGAAGAUCAGGAAGAACCUCCCCCUGGAGAGGUGCAUCAAUCUGUUCCACUGUCUGAAUGAACUGAAUGAUCAUUCUCUAGAGGAGGAAAUCCAAAGCUACCUGAGAUCAGGAAGUCUCUCAAAAUCUAAACUCUCACCUGGACAGUGGUCAGCUCUGGUCUUCAUGUUGCUGACCUCCGAGAAGCUGGAUGUGUUUGACCUGAAGAAAUACAUCAGAUCAGAUGCGGCUCUUCUCAAACUUCUCCCAGUUGUCAGAUCCUCUAGAACAGCCCUGCUGAACGAAUGUAAACUCACCAAGAAAAGUUUUGAGGCACUGGCUUCUGUUCUCAAAUCAAACUCAUGCUGUCUGAGAGUGCUGGAUAUGAGUGGUAAUAAACUCCAGGAUUCAGGAGUGAAGCUGCUCUCUGCUGGACUGGAGGAUCCACACUGUAAACUGGAGACAUUGAAGUUGAAUGAUUGCAACCUAACUGACAAAUCCUGUGAGGUGCUGGCUUUAACUCUCAGCUCAAACACCUCAAGUUUGAGAGAGCUUGACCUGGGAGGAAAUGAACUCCAGGAUUCAGGAGUGACAUUCAUCUGUGCUGGACUUGAGAAUCCUCAAUGUAAAUUGGAGACACUGAGGCUGUCAGGCUGCAGCAUCACAGAGGAAGGCUGUACUUCUCUGGCUUCAGCUCUGAGGUCAAACGCCUCCCACCUGAAGGAGCUGGACCUGAGUGGAAAUACUCCAGGAGCCUCUGGAGUAAAGCUGCUCUCUUCUGUACAAGAGGAUCCCCUCUAUACACUGAAGACACUGCGGUUAAAUGAUUGACAGCUCACAGAUUCAGUGAAGGAAUGGCCUCAACUCAAAAUCCUUGGUUGUGGGAGUGUGCUGCAGUUAAAUGCUUCUGGGACAGUUACAAAAUAAAUUUCAAAGUGCGUGUAUUUAAAUAUUCAAUGCUUCGAAUCAACAAUGAUAGCUCCUUUUUAAUCGCCCAAUCAAUCAGAGAGCCCCGGUGAAGUGGUGCCAGGAAAAUACCUCUCCCUCAACCAAUGCAUCACUGGGGGCACACUGCCUGCCCUCCAGGACAACUACAGCACCCAGUGUCACAUGUUCUCAACAACCUUAUUGUCUUCCUAGUAACUCUGUUGUACAUCUUACCAGACUGAUAGCUUUAUUUCAGUGUAUUUGAUGUCUGGAUUGUCAUGUGAGUUGUACUAAUUGCUUAGAUUUUUAUUGUAGCAUCUUGGGUUUUUGAAAAGCGUGUUACAAAUAUAUAUAUUUUUUAUUAUAGUAAUGUAGAAUUAUUCAAAUUGUAUGUAACCCUGUUUUAAUAUUUGAUAUACUGUAUAUUCAAAAUUAAUAAUACAAAUUUAAUAAUAGUCCAAUUGAUUGAAUAUAAGUAGUAUUUAAUUUUAACAGUAAAAUGAAUAAUAGUAGUUAGUUAUUCCUAUUGCCGUGUAUGACUUGGGGCGCUAUUCAAUCUGUAUAUAACUGAAGCGGUACAGAUUGCACUAUAGAAAUGUAAAGGUCAUUUCCAACUGAGCCGACAUAUUCAGAAUUUACCCCCCAAAAAAACAUUUGAAUAGUUUAUGUCCUUACAAGUAACUGUGCUGUACGUCUUACCUAUCUUUUUAUUUCAGUGUAUUAUAGAUACAUUAUUAUUAUUAUACAGUGUAUUAUAGGCCUCUGUAGUCUUUCUACUAUUGAAUACUCAUUGCUUGGAUGUGUUUUUAUUGUAGCACCUUGGGGUUUAAAACAAGUAGCAUUUCUUACAUUCUAUGUGACCCUGUGUGUUAAUCUAUGGUAACCUGUAUUUCAUGUUCCUUAAAUAUAUGAAGUAAAACUGUCCUGUUGCCGUGUGA